GUACACGCCGAGCCGCGCGCCCCGAGCCCCGCGAGCCCCGCGAGCCGGCACCAGUGCAGUGACAAGUGCAGUGCGUCAGUGCCACCACCCACCCCAUUGGAUACGGCAAGAAAGUGCAGUGGUUAACGCCAUGACCGGCCUGUGGGAUUACUAACGUCUUGGACUACAUCGGGUACCUCCGUCGGGUACCUGCCGGGUACCUGGGCCGCCUCUCCCAUGCCGGCUUCUCUCUCGGACUACUACUCGAUUCGAUACCUCAAGGCCGCCGACAUGACCCCCGGGAUGGCCAACUCGGACGCGUCCGAGGACCACGGCAUGGAGCACGGCAUGGACCACGCCAUGGACCACGGCAUGGACCACGGCCUGGAGCACGCCAUGGACCACGGCGUGGAGCACGGCCUGGGCGACGAGCACGGCAGCACGCCGAUGGCGCCGCCCCUGGGGCCGUCGCCGCCUCAGGCGCACCCACUGCCGCCCAUCCACCUCAAGGAGGAGCCGCCCAUGGACCAGGGCAGUGCGGCAGGAAACCCUGGAAACGCUGUCAACCCGCCGCCGGUGCACCUCGAGUAG